AUGGAGCGCUAUCAUAGUAGCAAUAACAGAGAGUCAAGGAAGAAUCCCUUUCGAGAGGAAAUGAAACGAAGCAAUAAGGCAUCCUCCGCAACCGAACGGAAAAAGCUUGAAAUCAUCGAAGCCCACGAGCGCCUCACCAAACUAUCGGGGCAUUAUGAAGUUUGCAUAGCAAACAUUCGAAACAAGUUGAAUGAAUAUCAGGAAAUUGUAGAAUCGAUUGAUCACAUGAUCCAAAGUGUAAGGUUGGAGAAGGAAGAUUUGAAGGAAAAACUGAUGGAACGAAAUAACGUUGCGGCAAACCCAACCAUUACUAUCUAG